CCGGCGGCCUCUCCUCCCUCAUUCGACCUCGGCGAAGAUGGCGGCGGCGGUGCGAGCCAUCGGCAGCCUCGGCCGCCUCCCGGCCGCCGCCAGGGCCGGCCCGACGCGGCACACCCCGCCCCGCGGUUAUGCCUGCCGUAACAUCUCCACCUCCAGUGCCCUCCAGAACAGAACCCACGUCAGCUGUGAUAUCAAAGGGGAUGUCGCUGUCGUGCGCUUCAACACACCAAAUUCCAAGGUGAACACCCUGUCCAAGCAGCUGAGUGCAGAGUUCACCGACGUCAUGAACGAGAUCUGGGCCAACGAGGCCGUGAAGAGCGCCGUGCUCAUCUCCUCCAAGCCAGGCUCUUUCAUUGCUGGAGCGGAUCUCAACAUGCUUGAAGCCUGCAAGACUGCUCAGGAAGUGACUCAGCUCUCUCAGGAUGGACAGAAGAUGCUGGAAAAGAUUGAGCACUCUCCAAAGCCUGUCGUGGCUGCCAUCAGUGGCAGCUGCCUGGGAGGAGGGCUGGAGGUUGCCAUUGCCUGUCACUACAGAGUAGCAACAAAGGACAGGAAAACGGUCUUGGGAACACCUGAAGUGUUGCUGGGUCUCCUGCCCGGAGCAGGGGGUACUCAAAGGCUGCCAAAGAUGGUGGGACUUCCUGCUGCCUUCGACAUGAUGCUGACUGGCAGGAACAUCCGUGCAGACAGAGCCAAGAAGAUGGGGCUGGUUGACCAGCUGGUGGAACCACUAGGGCCAGGAGUGAAGACUCCUGAAGCAAGAACAAUCGAGUACCUGGAGGAGGUGGCCAUUGGCUUUGCCAGGGGACUGGCCAACAAGACUGUGUCUGCCAAGAGAUCCAGAGGGCUCAUGCAGAGGCUAACAGACUAUGCCAUGGCUCUUCCCUUCGUCAGGCAGCAAGUUUACAAGACAGUGGAGAGCAAAGUUCAAAAGCAAACCAAAGGGCUGUACCCUGCUCCUCUGAAGAUCAUCGAGGUCGUAAAAACUGGUCUGGAUCAGGGGAGUGAUGCUGGAUACCUCAUUGAAGCCCAGAGCUUUGGCCAACUUGCAGUGACCAAGGAAUCCAAGGCACUGAUGGGGCUCUACCACGGGCAGGUGCACUGCAAGAAGAACAAGUUUGGGACGCCUCAGAAAGAGGUCAAGACUCUGGCUGUGCUGGGAGCAGGGCUCAUGGGAGCUGGGAUCGCCCAGGUUUCCGUGGAUAAGGGCAUCAAGACCAUCCUGAAGGACACGACACAGAAGGGUCUGGACAGAGGCCAGCAGCAGGUCUACAAGGGGCUGAACAGCAAGGUGAAGAAGAAGAGCCUGACAUCAUUUGAGAGGGACUCCAUCCUCAGCAGCCUGAUGGGCCAGCUGGACUACAAGGGCUUUGAGAAGGCAGACAUGGUCAUCGAGGCCGUGUUCGAGGACAUCAACGUCAAACACAAAGUGCUGAAGGAGGUGGAGGCUGUGAUCCCUGCCCACUGUAUCUUCGCCAGUAACACCUCUGCCCUCCCCAUCAGCCAGAUUGCUGCUGUCAGCAAGAGGCCCGAGAAGGUGAUUGGGAUGCACUACUUCUCCCCUGUUGACAAGAUGCAGCUGCUGGAAAUCAUCACCACAGACAAAACCUCCCAGGACACGGCUGCCUCUGCUGUUGCUGUUGGCCUCAAACAGGGCAAAGUGGUCAUCGUGGUGAAGGAUGGGCCUGGAUUCUACACCACCAGGUGCCUGGGGCCGAUGCUGUCCGAGGUGGUCCGAGUUCUCCAGGAGGGCGUUGACCCAAAGAAGGUGGAUGCCAUCUCCACGGCCUUCGGCUUCCCGGUGGGAGCGGCCACGCUGAUUGACGAGGUGGGCGUGGAUGUGGCCACGCAUGUGGCCGAGGACCUGGGCAAGGCCUUUGGCCCUCGUUUCGGAGGAGGCAGCAUCGACCUCUUCAAGCUCAUGGUGCAGAAAGGCUUCUUAGGUCGCAAGGCAGGGAAAGGUUUCUACGUGUACCAGGAGGGAGUGAAGAACAGGAGCGUGAAUUCCGGCAUGGAUGAGAUCUUGGAAAAGUUCAGGGUGCCAGCAAACCCCGAUGUCCCCGCAGGUCCCUUCAGGUUCGCGGACUCGUACGGCGCCCGGCAGCUCGUGGACAAACUGCGCAAGUACGAGGCCGUGUACGGCAGCCAGUUCACACCGUGCCAGCUCCUGCUGGACCACGCCAACAGCCCCAGCAAGAAAUUCCACCAGUGAGGCGGCCCGGUGACACCCUGACAGCUCCUCCAGCCUCCCUGCAGCACCCCAUUCUCCUUAGGUUAAUCUCCAAAGCCCCCGGGGGAGGAAGGGAAGGAAGGGAAGAAGGAAGGAGGGGGGCAGCAGGUUGCCUCAUGGCUUGUAGUCAUUUCAAGUGCCUUACCAGCCACUGUGUGUCGGGUACGUCCGUCCCGUGCCAGCCUGGGCCUGGGGGCUCCGUGCUGGGGGAGGGAAUUCCUGCUGCCUUUGCCUCCAGAGCCGUGGCCUCCAGAGCUCCCAGUCUGGCCAGUAGCAUCCAGCUUGUGGCUGGAGCCGAGGCCUUGCCUUUCCAUCAAACAUCCACCAAAAUAAAGCCCCAUCUCCUGGGUUUGGACUCCU